GAUCCCUACCUGAAACCACAGCCGAUACCACAAGAGCUGCCCUACAAAAGACCACCGACCAAACGGCCACUCCCCGUUCUUUCAGACAGUCAACUCGAGUUUGUUCAAAAGAUCCUGCGCUCUGCGGGGCCGGACACUGUACUGGUGAACAGCUUCCGAUUGGCAGUCACUCGGCGAGAGUUAAUGACCUUGACUUCCACCAAUUGGCUCAGCGACAUGGUCAUCAAUUUCUACAUGCAGCUGCUAUUCCAUCGCAGUCAGCGGGUGCGUAAAGCCGAGGGUUACACGCUGCCUCGAGUGGCUGUUAUGUCUACCUUCUUCUACGCCAAACUCGGUUCCGGAACGGGCUACCAGGGUGUGCGCAGGUGGACGCGUCAGGUCAACCUCUUCGAGCACGAUCUGGCUGCCGAUCUGAGGAAUAAAACCCUCACCUACUACGACUCAAUGGGCGGCGGAAAUGAUCACUGUCUGGAUAUUCUGCUGUAG